AUGAAUAUGAAUUAAACGAAAUUGGAUUGCUACAAUAAAACUUAAGCUACAAAUAGCGGAGCCAAAGGAGUAAAUACUUUUGUUUCUGGAACUUUGAUGUCCAAUUGGCACGAAGAAGCACAAUUAAAAGAAGACACAGGCUUUGGAAGAGCCCCUGUUCCUUCACAUAUAAAAAAGAAACAUACAGAUUUAAUGCUCAAACCUCCUGAAGAGAUUCCUCUCUAUAAGGAACCAAUAAAUUAGCUAGAUACAACAACUAGGUUAUUUGGUAAAAUCUUACCAGACAUUCCAAAACCAGCUUCACAAAAUGUUGGGGGGACUGUCAAUAGAGCUGAUUUAAUACCUAAAGUUGGAAAGAAAGCCUAAUUAAUUGAAUAAUAAUAUCUAUAAUAAAUUCAAUCAGAAUUAGACUCUCGAGAAGCAGACAGUUUCAGUUAAACAUAAUAGAGAUAUUUUGAAACAACAUGCAAAUCUGAAUUCAUUUAGAAACCAAUAGAAAAUAAUACUAUUGGAAGAAGAGUAAUGAGGACACAAAAUGGAACUGCAAUAAAUGCUGAUAAAAAAGAUGUUGAUCUAUUGAGCGAUAUGGGAUUUUAUUAAAAACCUUAAUUGUCAUCUGAUCAACAAUUAGCAUCAAUAUUACCAUAAGAAUCAUAUUUAACAGCAAAACCUAUUACAUUUUAUUCUGAAAAAUAAGCUUAAGGAAUUAUAUACUAAUCUAAGCCAGUCAAUGAAGUUAGACCAUUUCAUAAAACUGAUGAGUUUGUUAAAACAUUUCAUCACUUCACUCAUGUAAAGAAUUGA